UCGAAGAUUCAAGGGAGUUGUCCUUAAUUUGGACUUAUAGUUUGUGUUUUUGUCGACAUUUUGGAAAAAUUCGCUAAAUAAGUAACCUCCACUUCAAUACAGUUCAUCGUCUUUAUUUGUGCAUGAAAGCCGUACUCUGGAAAUGUGAAAAUUUUGAGCUAAUUGAUAAACAUAAACCUAACCUCAAAAAGUAAACCGGUGGUCGCGUGCAAAUGCGCACUUCGACAAUUUCGACCAAUGUUGGCUGGGGCAUGGGAGAAAGACGGAUUUCCAUUCGCUUAUGCCGAUUGGUCUAAAUUCAAAAACCGAGGGAGGCGGUUUGGCGUUUGUCAAAAAACAGUUGAAGAAGCAAAGUUGGAAGUGCGCGGUUGAAUGAGCGAGCAUGUUUUCCAAGAUUUUUGUGAAAGAAUCGGUUGACCGAGAAAAGGACGAUCCACUGCAAUGGAGCGUAAGUGGAAAUACGAUCACGCCAACGGACUCGAAGCGAAGGGGCGAAGCAGGUUUUCAAUUCGAUCACAUAUUCGAUAUGCAAAAAAAGAACGUGGACGUUUUCCACACAGUUGUCAAACCCAUUGUAAAUUCCGCCGUAGACGGUUUCAAUGGGACCGUAUUUGCCUAUGGUCAGACGGGAUCAGGAAAAACAUACACCAUGAUGGGAACAGAAACUGAAAGUGGAAUAAUCCCACUAGCAAUCGAGUAUAUGUUCGAUGCAAUUGAAAGCAAAGAAGGACGUGAAUUUUUAGUAAGGUUUUCCUACUUCGAGAUUUACAACGAAAGAAUUAAUGAUCUCAUGGAGGUCGAGAACACGGACUUGAAAAUAAAGGAUGAAAAUGGAAGAGUUUUCGUCAAUAAGUGCUCAGAGAAAAUUACCAGAGGUGCAAAUCAUAUGCUAACUUCGAUGAGACUUGGAGAGAAAAACCGCAGCAUUGGAGAAACAAAUAUGAAUGAACGCAGUAGCCGAAGUCACACUAUCUUCAGGAUUGGAAUUUAG